ACCUUUCAUCAUUAGUGAUAAAGAGCUUUAACGUUGGCUGUCUACUAUGAAAAAGUCCCAGGGAUCGGGCUAUAGAAAGGGAAUUCGGGCUGAGCCGCUUGCCGGAUGUCUAACAAACGUCCCAAUGAAACGAUUAUCGGCAACCCGGGACGUCUCGAGUACUAUCCACUUGAUGUGCAACGGGCGGAAGAUCGAGGUUGGCUGACUGUUCGAAACCAUGCGAGUCAUGUACCGGAAACAAGAGAGCUAGGCUCUCAUCACGAAUGGCUUGCCACUGCCAGUCACUCCCCGUCUCCAGUUUCGAAUCGGGAUACUUGGCACGAAAUCCGGAAACAGAAAACGUGGCUACUCAAGAGCCAUCCAGAAGCCGUCCUUGGCAAUAGUGAGCUCGGAGAACUUCUAGCUGUCGGGAGCUCGUCUGGCCAAACAGCUCAGACUUCCUCGUGGCAGCUCACGCAGUUCGCUGCUGGCGAAAUGACUGAUACCAGCAAUGGACAGGAGGUUAUAGGAGCGCCGCUCAUUGCGAUGGCUGCAGGUUCUGCCGGUGAUGUACUGCGGAUUGUCAGGCCUGUAUCAAAUAUAUGGCAACUGGAUAAUGACGGCAAGGCUAAUGUUCAUCUCCUCGAGCAUGCACAGCAUCAAGAAACACUUUGGACCAAGGACAUCGGGACUAUCCAACGCAUUAGAGCAAUUGUCAGCACUAGGAAGUUUGAGCCCGUACGAUGGCUGGCGGUACAGAGGGAGUUUGGCACCUCUGUUUUUCGCCCAGAGUACCAGAAAGUUCCAGUCGUGUCAGAAACAUUCUCUGCCACGGAGCCACAGGCCCCAUCUUAUAUUGCCCCCAACUUGUUGUUUACGAUCCCGAAGAGCCAGACUGGGUGCAAUUUGCAUUGCGAUGUAGCUUUCAAUCCUGGAGCCAGAUCCAAACCUGCACAACUUGCUAUUAUCGAUGAAGGGGGUAAUUGGAGCAUUUGGGAUGUCACAGGAACUCGAAAGCGGACCUACAAACAACCAAGAGCUCAUCUCACCAAAUGUGGCAGUAUCCUUGAUGGUAUUUUGGCGCGGCUACCACGCAAACACACACCAAACCCACAGUGGCAUAAAGUUCUCUGGCUAGGUCAUUCGAGUGUCCAUGAUGACGACUUCGACGAAGAGAGUCCUUCUGGCUCUAAACCAGCAUCGGUGUUCCCCUCGCUAGAACGAUCUUCGACCCUGCUUCUUUGCAACCAGAAAAUGUUACGAUUACUAGAUGUUGAUUUAGAAGAGUUCUUACCGGAUUUGCGCGUAAUCACAGACGGAAGCAAGGACUUGAUACUUGAUGUGCAACUUGAUUCCCAAGAUCCUCGCUACUUUUAUGUUACCACGACCUUGAGGGUAUUCGUGGCCGCGGUAUUCACGCCAGAUACCCUUUCGCAGGAGCGGACAAUCAGGAGAGCUCUGAUUCUCGAGUCAUUCCCGCAUCUCCGGAAUAAGAACGACCGACACCUGAAGCUGACAGUCACUGCUGGACCAACCUCAUCAGCUGAUCGCACAUCGCUUGUUGUUCUGUACUCACAGCAUAGCAAAUGGCAUGAUGUGUUUUACAUUGGGUUCUCCAGAAAAUUUCCUGAAAGGAUCGUGUGCCACCACGGUUCUCUUGUUUCCCGCUGUAGUUCGUCACGGACUAGUGAUGGGGGCUUACAAACAUUGUGCCUUCAUCCAACACUGCUAAUGGCCAAGCAACCAUUGGAUCUCACUUUAGGUGCACAUGCGCACUCAAGUAGAGAAUCAACCUUUUUUCAGAUCUUCUCAUUUGGAACAAACUUCAGCCUGAGUUACUGCCUCGGUAUGAGCUCAAACCAUCGGUGGAAAGACGAUUUGCUAUCAAUCCGAAGAUUACCUGAAGCAGGAGCGAAGAAAGUCACUGAAGAAAACUCUCAGUACCGGUCAAAAUUCUGCAGACUCUCUCGUGUAGAGCUCGAACGAAAACGAGCUGUUCGUUAUCUAAGCACUCGCUUUGUUCUCGCUGAUAGUGUCGCCGAGUUCAGAUAUAGGGGAGAUCGUGCAGCCCCUACAAAGUCUGCCACCAGGCUUCAGGCAACCGAGGUCUUCCAAAGAAUGAUAGCACCCGUCAUGGAGUCAUAUCGCCAUGCGUUGACAGCACUGUUGGCUGAAUCCCAUGGUUCUCCCAUAGAUCUGGGUAUUUAUGGAGACGCUCCUUUCGAUCCUGUUUUCAUCGCGCUGCAAGAGGCAUUGGAGACGAAAAGCUUUCCACGAAAGUUGUUGUGAGUUACACGGUGAUUUGAUGUAGAAUAUCAAGGCUAAAUACAGAACAGUUCCGAGAUGGUGCAGCACUUUCGCAUGCCGGAAGACUACAGAGAAACCUGUCGGGAAUGGCAAGCUGAGAUUGAUGAACUGCGCCACGCAGACCCUGCACUUCAAAUCACAGGCCUCGGACACCCGCAGCGUACAAUGCGAAAUGGCUUGUCGAUUGAAGACCUGCUCUCCGAUCUCGUGAGCCUGACAUUGGGACCAGAUGAUUCUCAACUUGCAGAUGAUCGCACUAAUGAUUUUGUCUUCUUGGUUCUGUGCAGGAUCGCG